CUCAGAGGCAGAAGCGCCGCGAGGAGCCGGCGGAGCACCGCGGUCUGGGGCGCAGCCACCCGCUGUUCCUGUGCCCCCUCGACCCUUCCCCAUCGCGGCCCCCAGCAGCCUCCAGCGUCCGUCCCCAGGCAGCAUGGUGAGGUUUGCUGUCGGGCCCUCGCCACCAUGUACGUGAGCUACCUCCUGGACAAGGACGUGAGCAUGUAUCCCAGCUCCGUGCGCCACUCUGGUGGCCUCAACCUGGCCCCGCAGAACUUCGUCAGUCCCCCGCAGUACCCGGACUACGGCGGCUACCACGUGGCGGCCGCGGCCGCUGCCGCCCCCAGCCCGGCCUGCAUGCAGGUUAUGGCCACUUUGCAGAGGUUUAUAGCCAAUUACAGCCUGAAAACCAGGACGAAAGACAAAUACCGAGUCGUAUACACGGACCACCAGCGUUUGGAGCUGGAGAAGGAGUUUCACUACAGUCGCUACAUCACCAUCCGGAGGAAAGCCGAACUGGCCGCCACGCUGGGGCUCUCGGAGAGGCAGGUUAAAAUCUGGUUUCAGAACCGCAGAGCGAAGGAAAGGAAAAUCAACAAGAAGAAGUUGCAGCAGCAGCAGCCGCAGCCCCCGCCUGCCCCGCAGCCCCCCCAGCCUCAGCCCGGCCCCCUGAGGAGCGUCCCCGAGCCCCUGAGUCCUGUGUCUUCCCUGCAAGGCUCGGUGCCCGGCUCUGUCGCUGGGGUUCUGGGGCCAACUGGGGCGGUGUUAAACCCCACUGUCACCCAGUGACCCGCAGCGGCCUGCAGCAGCAGAGCUAUUCCAGGCUGAGCCACGAGGAGCGUGGAAUCUGCUAGAAUCCUCAGGAAAGGCCCCUCCCCUCCCACCCACAAAUGUUUGCCAACUUCCCUAGCACUCAGAGGGAAAAGCUGGGGUAAAGACAAGUGUGGUUGGAGGCCUCAAGGAAGACAUUCUCCCAGAUUUUGACUCUUUCUGCCAGGGAGGAGAUGGGAAAUGACCACUGGGGCUUCCUCUAGUACUGGCAGAAACAUUGCCUGGACUGGCUAAACAGACCAGCCUUUCAGCUCCCUCCUCCCUGGCUCUUUGCCUCCAAAAUCUGCAGGCUGCAACUCUCAUUGGAGCCAUGGGGAGAGAGGGACUCAGGGGACUGGCAGGGUUGGGAGUCAAAGUGGCUGCUGUCUCCUCACUGCCCUCCAAGGACCAGCUGGCCCCUCUUGCCUCAAGGGCAGGCACGAUUUAAACUGCAGGAGCCAGAGACAGCUGAGAUGGAAACCUGGACCUACCAAAGCGUACAGAACCCCCAGGUCUUUGUAUUUUUUCUCUUCCCUUCCCAGACCAGGCAAGGCUUGGCUGGUGUAUGUGUGGUGUAUGGUGUGAGGGGGUGGUUAUUGGACUCCAGGCCUGACAAGGGGGCCCGGGACAGGGCCUUGUUUAGAAAGCCUGUCACCAGAGCUUCUCUGGGCUGAAUGUAUGUCAGUGCUAUAAAUGCCAGAGCCAACCUGGACUUCCUGUCAUUUUCACAAUCUUGGGGCUGAUGAAAAAGGGGAGUUUUUGUUUUGUUGCUGCUGUUUGGGUUGUUGGUCUGGGUAACAUCCAAGCCAGCAUUGAAAAAGCCUUCUGGAUC